AUGACAUUUGACAUAUCGGAGGAAGCUUAUUCAUAUUACUCAAGAUAUGGUAAAGAAAAAGGGUUUGAUGUGGCAAAAAGAACAUUGAGAAAGGGAAAAGAUGGAAAGUUGAAGGAUGUAACUAUAGCAUGCAGUCAUGCUGGAAAGUGGAGGUUAAACCAAGUUGAUUUUGAUCACAAUCAUGACCAGAGCCCGGGAAAGACUUAUGCCCCACUUCAGAUUGAGGCUAGAGGACCUGGAAAUGCUCAGACGAUGCACAAUUAUUUCAUGAAGAUGAAAGCCGACAAUUUUGACUUCUUUUUUGCAAUGGAUUUGGAUGAUGAGGGCAUGAAUCAUCAUGUCCAUUCUGUUUUAUUAGGAUGCAGGCUCAUCUCUCACGAAGACACGAAGUCAUUUUCGUGGUUAUUUCAGAUUUGGAAGACAUGCAUGUGGGGUUGUGCUCCAAAAGCAAUUAUUACCGACCAAUGUAUGGCCAUAAAGAAUGCUAUACAAGGUUAUUCUCUAACACUCGACAUCGGUGGUGCAUAUGUUUAUGCUUCAUUUACCAUUAAACAAUUUGAGGAUGCUUGGGAUCUGUUCAUCAAGAAGUACGAGCUUCAAAGUAACACAUGGUUAGAGGGGUUGUAUUUGGAGAGGAAAUGGUGGGUACCUGCUUAUUUGAAUGAUAUGUUUUGGGCGGGGAUGUCAUCCACACAAAGAAGCGAGAAUAUAAAUAUGUAUUUUGAUGGUUACGUACAUUCAAAGAUGACUUUAAAACAAUUUGUAGGACAAUAUGAAAAUGCAUUGGGGAAUAAGGUGGAAAGUGAAAAUCAAGCAAAAGUUGGUGAUAUUGUGUCUAAUCAUGAGAUAAAUGAGUGGGUUACAUAUGGUGAAGGAGAACAGAAAAAGAGGAUUCAAGUGUCAUUUACUGUCGAUUUCAAUGUUGAAACCAAUGAAACACAUUGUAAUUGUCGAUUGUUCAAGUCUAGAGGAAUGUGUAAAAAUGUGAAAAGGGUUCACACAAAAGUUUGGAUUUAUUAUGAUAAGUCAUCAACGUCAAUUGAAGCAUGUCGACAUGACAACAUAUGCAAUCUCCUUAAUGAGGUUGUUGAUUUAGCGGAAGAAUCUGAAGUGAAGUAUGAUAUAGUGAUGAAACAGGAGCUCGAGAACUUUGGAGGGGAAAGAAGCAUCCCUCUCCUCAUUAAUGUUGGCAGAGUACCACAUUCCCCUUUGGUUGUUAUAUCAGAGUUGAAGUUCUGUUGCAAGAAUACCCAGAGACAAUUGUGA